GAAAUGCAGACGCCAUUUAGGAGUUAUCUUCAAGAUAUGUUGGCCCUUGUGAAGAGAGAGAAUGCUGAACGUGAAGCGUUGGGAGCGUUGCCCCUCUAUCAGCGCUGCAUUCCUUAAGCGUAUUUCUGUUUCUACCUCACCUACUUCUAAUUGAAGUGCAUCUUUGAUGGAAGAAUAAGACAAGAAUGGUAUUCCUGUUGGGUUCCAUGGGCAUGGAGAAAGAGCAGCAGCAUCAUGUGAGUUUUACAUUAGUCUGUUUCUCUUUAUAUAUGCGUUGACUGGAUCGCCGAACUAGCCACUAUAAUUGUUUCUUUGGACAGCAUCAGUUUUCAUGUUAUGAUUGAUUAUAUUCAUCUGCUGGAUGCACAUGUUCAGCAGUUUUUUUUUAUAUAAAGGUACAAUUGUCUGCA